GUUUUGGCGUAACGUAGACCUGGCAAGACGGCAAUUCAAUUCAAAGCCUUUGCAUUCGCGUUGUUGGUACGGUACUCUCUGUGUGUGUUUUCAAUCAGGCGAGCGGAGCGGCGCGCAAACCAUCUUUUCCGCAUUGAUAGCAACAAAAAAAAGAACACAACACAGUGCUGCAUAUGUAGCGUCGUUUGUUUAUUUUUUAGUAACUAAAAGCAAACAACAAAUUCCCCCCAACAACGCGUUACGUACGUUACGUUUCGUUGCGUGCGCUGUCGAAUGCCGUAAGAAUCGGAUUCAAUUCCAAAAUUACCGUGUGGCGUCUGCCGUGUACAUACAUAUGUACAAACGUAAAUGCGUUGUGUGUGCAUACAAUAAUCAAUACGUCAAAUAAAUACGUCUAGAACAGUAUUUGAAAGCUGGCCUCAAACCAAAGCUGAAAUUGAAACAGAAACUCCAUUGCCAUUGACACAGUGCUUACGUUACGUUGAGUGUGUGUGUGUGUGUAGUGCGAGAAAGAAACGGCAAGAAAAGAAGGAAACUCCUAAAAUCCCAGCACUAUUCGUAGUGCACCACAAAAAGAACGUUAACUUAAGAAACCAUUCGAACCGAUCGGCUCCGUUAUGGAUCACUUUCAUCAAAUACAGCAAACCAUUCAACACUAUCAGCAGCAACUGGCUGCGCAGCAACAACAACAAGUACAACAGCAACAGUUGCAACAACACCAAGUGGUGGUACAGCAGAAUCAGCAGCAGGCGCAUCAGAAUAGCUCCAAUACCGCUGCCGGUGUGGGCACCCAACAGCUGUUCACAUACAAAAUGGCCAGCAGUUUCCCCAAUCCAGCCACGACGAUGGCCCAGGUUGUGGCCACGUCGAAUGCUGCCGGUACCACAGGCUAUGACUAUCGCCUGAAUAUGGCCCAGGCUGCGGCGGCUGCAGCAGUGCCCGGCUCCCAGUGGUGGUAUUCGGCCGCCAAUCAGGGCCAGGUGGAUGCCAACACAGCUGCCCAACUGCAGCAGCAGCAGCAGCAACAACAGCAACAGCAGCAGCAACAACAGCACCAGCAGCAACAACAGAUGCAACAGCAGCAACAGCAACAGAAUGUUAUCAAUUCGGCGAGUCCAAUGGUCAGAGGUGGAAAGGCCGAUGCAAAACCCAGGGGCCGUAUGACUGCAUACGCAUAUUUUGUACAAACCUGCCGGGAGGAGCACAAAAAGAAGCAUCCCGAUGAAACCGUGAUAUUUGCCGAAUUCUCGCGCAAGUGUGCCGAACGAUGGAAGACAAUGGUGGAUAAGGAGAAGAAGCGUUUCCAUGAAAUGGCCGAAAAGGACAAGCAGCGCUACGAGGCAGAAAUGCAGAACUAUGUCCCACCUAAGGGCACUGUUGUCGGACGUGGCAAGAAGAGGAAACAGAUCAAGGACCCCAAUGCACCGAAACGUUCAUUGUCUGCGUUCUUCUGGUUCUGCAAUGAUGAAAGAAACAAGGUGAAGGCUCUGAAUCCUGAAUACGGUGUUGGCGACAUUGCCAAAGAGCUGGGACGAAAGUGGUCCGAUGUUGAUCCCGAGGUCAAACAGAAGUACGAGUCGAUGGCCGAAAGAGACAAGGCUCGCUACGAACGGGAAAUGACCGAAUACAAGACAAGCGGGAAGAUAGCCAUGUCCGCACCAUCGAUGCAAGCGUCGAUGCAGGCGCAGGCACAGAAGGCCGCGUUACUGGCAGCCGCCGUGCAGCAGCAGCAACAGCAUCAGCUGGACGAGCAGCAUGAUGACGAUGACGGCGAUGGUGAUGAUGAUGAGAACCAAUAGGAGGUCUAGCCUAGUAAUACUCUUCACUAUUUAUACACACUACUAUCGUUGGGUCUGCGCUGUCUCAUCGUGUGAGACGGCCGAGUGGGAGAGAUAGAGAGCGAGAGCAGAGAGCAGAGAGCAGAGGAUAACGAGAAACAUGAACAAUAUAUAUCGUCGGGGGGUGAAAAGUUUGAUCUAUUAUCAGUUUAAGCCGCAACCAACCAACCGAUCGAUCGAUGAAUGUGUGUUGAACAUAAAUAUAUAUAUAUGCAUAUAUA